CACUAAACCUAGAUUUCAUCUAAGCUCUCUCUCCUCUCUCUCUCUCUUAUAACUCCAAAUAUGGCAGGGAAGAGGUUAUUCCAAGAUCUUGAUUCCGACCAAGAAAAUAAGUCCGAUAAACGAAUUAAAUCUCUACCAUCCCUUUCCUCGUAAUUUUUUUUUAUCACAAAAUUAAUCUUGAUUCUUUUUUCUGUUUAUUUCUUAUAUCUUGGUCAUGAUGAAUCAUUCCUACAUCCCUUAUCUUUGUUUGGAACAUGUUCAUGCUUGUAUUUUAUUGUGCUUGGGGCUUUCAUCACAGAGAACACCAUGAAGAACUUUUCUUCAGCCCUAGAGCCCGUUCUUCGGAAAGUUGUAAGACAAGAAGUGGAAUAUGGAAUAAGUAAACGAUUCAGGUUCUCUCGGUCAUCGUCGUUCCGGUUGGAAGCUCCGGAGAAUACUACUCCGACAUUUAAGUUGAUGUUCCGUAAGAACUUAAUGAAACCGAUUUUCACCGGAAGCAAAAUCAGUGACGUGGACAACAAUCAACUUGAGAUAAUCCUUGUUGAUGAUUCAAACAAUCCAGUGACUCUCGACCGUCCGAUCAAACUAGACAUCGUUGCUCUUCACGGAGAUUUUCCUUCGGGUGACAAAUGGAGUAGUGAUGAGUUUGAUAGUAACAUCGUCAAAGAAAGGGAUGGCAAACGUCCGUUACUUGCCGGAGACGUAUCUGUGACGGUGAGAAACGGCGUUGCAACGAUCGGAGAAAUCGAGUUCACAGAUAACUCGAGUUGGAUCCGUAGCCGUAGGUUUAGAAUCGGUGCGAGAGUUGCCAAAGGGGGUAGUGAUCAAGGUGUCACGGUUUGUGAAGCCAUGACUGAAGCAAUUGUUGUUAGAGAUCAUCGUGGAGAAUUGUACAAGAAACAUCACCCACCAAUGUUAGAAGACGAAGUGUGGCGGCUAGAGAAGAUAGGCAAAGAUGGGGCCUUUCACAAGAAGCUCUCCUCUAACCAAAUCAAAACCGUCCAAGACUUUUUGAAGUUAUCAGUCGUUGAUCCGGAAGAACUUCGUCAGAUUUUGGGGCCUGGGAUGUCUGAUAAAAUGUGGGAAGUAGCAUUGAAACAUGCUAGAGAGUGUAUUUUGGGAAAUAAGUUAUACAUUUCCAAAGGACCGAAUUAUAUCAUGAUUUUGAAUCCGAUAUGCGAAGUUAUGAAAGCAAUGAUCGAUGGUCAUGAUUUCUCUAGUCAAGAAGCCCUGAAUCAGCGCUACGUUAAGGACUUAGUUCGAGAAGCUUACUUAAAGUGGGACUUGUUAGAAGAACGAACGAACGAGGCUGCUCUUUUGACACAAGGUGAUGAAUUGGACCAACAAUAUGCAGCGGGCCAGUCCCACUACCAGAACAUGGAAAUCAAUAGGUCAUACCAACAAAACGGAUAUGUUCAAGAGAGUCUUGUUACAAACAAUUUGGCGAUAGUAAACGAAGGGUACAUAACGACUCCACCGGGGAUCGGUAUAUGUUUCACCGGAUCUUCGUCACAAAACAACCAUAUAAACCCCUUCUAAUUCCUCAUCUGUCUACUACGUUAGUAUUGGAAGAAGGACACACCCUGUCUACAUGGUAAAGACAUGUAUAAUCUAUAUCUGCAAAUCAUUAUUGUACAUAAAAAAGUGUGAAAUUUAGAGUCAUAUAUAUAUUUUUCGUUGAAUGGUAUAACCACUUUGUUCACGUUUUCAUGUAAAUAUGAAAACGUUGUUUUUUUUU